GCACGGAGCGGUGGGCUACUCAUACCCUCCCCGUGCUCCGCUUCCGCCUCGCCAUCUCAUUUCCAGAGUGUUCCAGAGAGCGGAUCCAGAGAGUGCUAGGGUUUUCUCUCUCUCCCGGCGGCGAGGGCGAUGUCGAUGGCGGCGGCGGCGAGGGCGGCGAUGAGGGCCCCGGGCAGGGCGGCGGCGCGGUUCGUGCAGACCAGGCUCCGCUCCUCCGGCAAGGUGCUCAGCGAGGAGGAGCGGGCCGCCGAGAACGUCUACAUCAAGAAAAUGGAGCAAGAGAAGCGGGAGAAGCUCGCACGCAAGCAGGGUCCCAGCACUGGAGAGCAAGCUCCGUCCACCCCAAGCGCCGCAGCAGGCGACGUGAGUUCUUCGACCGCGUCGGCAUCUGCAGCAGGCACGUCGACCGACAAGAACAGGAACUACGCCGUGCUGGCUGGCACCCUGGCCGGCCUGAGCGCCCUGGGCUGGUACCUCCUGUCAAAGCCCAAGAAGACGGAGGAGGUUGUCGACUGAUCGGCCCAUCCUGCCCUGGUUUUUUACUUCCUUACUGCACAUGGACCUGCGCGAUGAUGAUGAUGAUAAUAAGUUUUCGAUGUCGCCGAACAGCCUUUCCUUUGCCUUGUUAGCUGCUUCCACAGAAUCUGAGACUUGAGAUGACGAUGAUGAUGAUGGUCUGUAGCGCAAGUUGUUUUUGCUACCUGUGGUUGGUCUGGUAUGUUGGUGGUUAACGAGAGGGGCAUCUUGGAUGAUGCGGUUUGGUCCCUUUGAAAGUAUGCAAUGCAUGGUUUUUCCGGUGAA